AUUAUUGAUAUUUAAUGGAUGUACAGGUGAUCUUUGAAGAAUUGGUGUUGAGAGCAUUAAUUUAAACCCUAUCUACUUUUGCUUGCCAUGAAUGCUUGACCUGAACUAAUUUUAAUGGUGGUGGGUUUUGAUUGAAAUACACCAUUAAAUAACCCUCUACUCUCUCUCACUCCUCUUAAGUAUUAACGAUCCUCUCUUGCAUGACAAAUUUCAAAAAUCAUCAAUAAGAGUUGUGUUUAUGUCUGUGUAUUCCAUCUUUUAUUACAUGUGACUAUGUGAAGAAGAACAUCAAAUCCCAUCUCUAUGUCCCCAUAAAAACUCUCUCCCUCUCUCUCUACUUAAAAGCAAAUUUCUUCAAUUCUGUUCCCAUACAGUUUUUGGGUAAACCUAGAGAGGGAAAGAAGAAACAUGGAAAUGAAACAGCAAGCACAAGAGCUAUACUUGAAGGAAAACAGGAUGAAGAAAAACCAGCACUUUUGGAGAGUUAUGGACGAUACUGAACUUUCGUUAGCUCCUUCUACUCAGAGUAUGAAUUGUUCCUCUUCUGAAUCAGAAACUGAUUCAUCGAAGAAGAGAAAGUAUUAUUGGGAUGAUGUUAAAAAGGAACCUAGUUUUACUCAAACUAGUCUUGAACUUCAACUUAAAGAUCCACUACCAUUAGAUUGGGAACAAUGUCUUGAUCUUCAAUCUGGGAGAAUGUAUUAUGUCAACAGAAAAUCUUCGAAGAAAAGUUGGAAUUGUCCUACAGAACAGAACUUAGACCUCAAAUUAAACAUGUCAACACUUACAAGUUCAGAUGGAAGCAGCAGCAGUAGCACUGAGAUGCUUGAAGGUUCAAAGAAGCAAAACUCAUCGAGCAGUAAUACUAUGUUUGCUGUUGCUUGUUUGAAAUGUCAUCUUCUUGUCAUGCUCUGCAAGUCAUCACCAUCUUGCCCCAACUGCAAGUAUGUGAAUCCACUGCCAACCCAACAAAGCCCAAGGCCGAAAACCAUCAACUCCCUCAACACACUCAGUCUCCUGAAUUAGCAGAACAAAAACCCGUGGUUAAAAAUGUUGGUGAUGAUGAUUAAGUAUAUAAUAAUCUGUUUUAGGUUGGAAUGGCAACAUUCUUAGAGAACUGUCAGUUUAAUUACUAUAUCUAUUUAAGUCCGUGUUUGCUUUUAGACUUUUAGUGAUGUAUUUCUGAGCACACACAAUACAAUGUGAAAAGUUUUCAGGUUAUAUUAUUCAGUUUUCUAUUAA